GAGAAACCAGCCUUCGGCUCCGGAAUUAGUGGCAGUGUUACCUGCUGGCGCCACGCGGCAUGUCUAGUGUCGUAGCUGUGACUCAAAGUACUCCAUUCGUCGAGUUACUCAACUUGAUAUCAUGUCGACUUAUGGUCGGACACCAUCAACGUCGACCAAUAUACCGAUGGCGUCGACAAGCCAGCAGGUAAUCCCCUUCUCUGAGCGACCAACGUCACUCAAUCAGCAGGUCGUCCUCGAGGAAGAUGAAUACACCGCCGCGCUCUCGCAUAUCAUUGCACGCGAUUUCUUUCCAUCUAUAGAAGGGAUGGACGCUACGAACGAGUAUCUCGCCGCACUGGAUAGUGGUGACGAACAACGGAUCACGUCGAGUGUGCGGCACCUCACCGCGCUGAACGAUAGGACCCCCCUAGCCUCCUCCUCAUAUGCUGCUACACCUUUAGGCUCAACUCGUCUCCAGCCGCAAAGCAGGAAACGGACGCAUGCAGAGAUGUACGGCAGUCUGGGACUGGACGACUUCCAAACCAACUUUACGAGCGAAGAUAACGCCAGCUUCACAAGUAUCCUAGAUGAUGAGAAUAAGAAAAGGAAGGAGAGAUGGGGAUGGGCUUAUGAAGCUGAGCAGAAGGCCAAAGUGAAGGCACUGGAGUGGAAGGAGAAGCGAGCGAGACUGAUCACUGCCCCAUCGGAUGGAGAAGGCGCCGAACAGAAGUUACUCACAGAUGGAUCCGACAAGACCAGAGGUAAGGAAAAGGGGACGGAGAUUAUUACAGAAGAGGGUACGGGAAAUGAUGAUGAAGACGACGAAGCAUCGGUUCUUGCGCUGGUUCUGGAUAGCGAUGAAGACAAAGCACUUGUCCCUUCAAGCUCUUCGAGCGCUCCCAAGCCGCCGCAGGAGCCUGAAUCGGGCCCGUGGGAUCCGAACAACAUUCUCUCACGAACGGUGGAUAAACGUUCUGCCACUGUCCCCACCUGGACAUUCAAGACUCGGAACGCGUUCAUGUUCCCACCCGACGCCGACUCAUCGCCCUAUCAUCCCCCUCCUCCUCCUGCACCUGGCGUCGACUCCUCGGCAGCGGCACCACAGAAGGUGAUCAACCACUCAAACACGCGCUUGCUGGAACAGGAAGACGAGAAGAUACAGGAACCGCCCAGUCCAUCAAGGAGCAGGAUCUCGCGCACUAUCCGCGGGGACAUCUCAGCUUUGUCAAGCGACGGCCCCUCAGAAGCAGAAGGCCCACGGGGAUCCUACCCACUGGUGGACGCUAUUCCGAGCCCGUCUCCGGAGAUGCUCGGACCAGGAAGACUGAAGCAGCUCAUGACCUGGGGCAAGCUGUCAGCAACUCCACGCGCGCUUCCUUCGGAAGGUGACGGCCAGGCGGGAGUCGAAAAUAGCCCAUUCCGCAUAGCUCCCCCAACUCCCAGAGAUGAUCUCGCACGCCGGCUGGGUACCACCGCCUCACGUAGUUUGAGGGAGAAGGCAGCGCUCUAUGCGUCUACACCGGCGGCCUCUGUCUACUCGACACCGAGCACUGUUCGUUCCGCAUGGGCGGGGACGCCCACCGGGAGAGGGAGCAUGCCGCCACCUUCUUUCAUCCCUAGCGCGAAACGUGGGGACUUGUUGAGCGCAGCAGGGAAGAGUCUGCUCAGCCGGGCUGGCGCAAAGAGCAGCGGAGUGGGAGAGGAGCUGCAGCGGACAGCAGCUAAGAGACGUGCGGAAGCCAUGACUCGUACUAGUGGCUGGGAAGGAGUCUCGAGGCCCGGGAACGCUGGUGGUGGAAGACUGGGAGGGGCGAGAUGGACGCCGAGCCCGAGUCCGAGGAGAAGUGCAGAAGAGUAA